AUGUCACCCACUACGACCCCAAUGACGUUCUACGACAUCGCCCUGGCACCCCCAGUUACAGAAAAUGCUUGCUCCCCAAAUCCCUGGAAAAGCCGGUUCGCCCUGAACUUCAAAAACAUCCCCUACAAAACAACAUGGGUACCCCUACUUGAUAUCGGCUCCGUCCGCGCCCCUCUCAACAUCCCCGCCUCGCGCAAAUUCGCCGACGGAUCCCCCUACCACACCCUCCCCAUUCUCUCCGACCCUGCAACCGGACGCAUAGUGGGCGACUCCUUUGAAAUCGCCACCUACCUGCAGGAACAAUAUCCGUCAUCGGGGGCGGGAGACUUGUUCCCAGCACAGGAGCUGGACUUUGUAUUUGCGCACGACAUGGGAAAUUACCCGCCGAUUGCAGAGGCUCAGGGAGUGGAUGGAGCUGCUGCUGCGUAUGCAAAGUUUAAUACGAAUGUCGAUGCUGUGUUCAGUGCGAAUGCGCGUGUGAUAGCGCAAGGUUUCCCUUUUGAUCCUGCUGUUGCCGAAGAGUGUAAGGCAAUGUUCUCGAAGAGAGUGGGAGUGCCGUGGGAGGCUAUGGCGGUUAGUGCGGAGGAGAGGGGGAAGUUAUGGAAGGACUUUGAGGAGGCCCUAGGUGGACUUGCGAAGUUGUAUACGACCGAUCUGAGUGGGCCGUUUUUGUUGGGUAGUAGGGCAAGUUAUGCGGAUUUUAUUGUGGGGGGGUGGUUGCGUAUGAGUCGAGGCAUGUUGUUGGGAGAGGAGUGGGAAGCACUGAAGGGGUGGCAUGGUGGUGUGUUUGGAAGAUUAGAUGAUGCGCUCGAGGCUUUUUCACAGAUGGACUAG